CAAUUUUACUUGAUCGUCUCUUCUCAUUCGAUUCAAUCUCAAUACCUAUAAAAUCGAAAAUAAAGAGGAUUUUGUUUACUUUUGAAAUUCUACUUCAUUGAAUAGCUAGACUAGAUAGAACCAGAGUCCAAAAAGGAUAAGAACUUAACUCUACAAAUAAUCUGCUUUCUUUCAAACCGAUCAUUCUUCAGCACAACAAAAAAAAAAAAGGUUGCAGUAAUCAGACGGGAUGGCGAAGAGUUUAUUCAAGCAACAGCAUGGAUUUGAGAAGAGGAGCGUUGAGGCUGGCCAGAUUAGGGAAAAAUAUCCGGAUAAAAUUCCGGUGAUUGUUGAGAGGGCAGAGAAAAGUGACAUUCCAAACAUUGACAAGAAAAAGUUUCUCGUCCCUGCUGACCUCUCGGUAGGGCAAUUCGUGUAUGUGAUUCGCAAGAGGAUACAGUUGAGCGCGGAGAAAGCAAUCUUCAUAUUUGUUGAUAAUGUCCUCCCACCAACAGGAGCACUCAUGUCUGCUGUAUAUGACGAGAAGAAGGACGAAGAUGGUUUCCUCUAUGUCACCUACAGCGGGGAGAACACAUUCGGUGACAACACCAUGCUUUAGACCUCCAAUACUGCCACGGGAAAACUUUCUUUGCAGCUUUGCCAUUACUCAUCAAAACCAAGUUCACUUUUAUUGUUUGCUUUACAGAUAAUAGUUUUAGCUUCACUAUGUAUAGCAUUUAACUGUGUAUAGUUGCAGACAAGUUGACUAUAUUCCCAGAAUGUGGCAGAUUAUCUUAAUAAUUAUUUGGAUUCACCUUUGUUUAUUUCUCCUUGUUUCUUUUAAUAUAAUUAAUUUGAGAUUUCA